AUGGAGCCCCCGUACUACAGUUUGAGAAUCCUGCACGAGAUAUUUGUGAACCCGUUGUCAAACAACGGCAAUAAAAAUUAUUCUGAUUCUGAUUCUGAUUGUGGUGGCUCACAGGUGCUCAACUUAACUCGGAUAUACAUAACCAAGCACCAGAGGGAUGUGGUGCCACUGAUAGAAAAGUAUGCGGAGGAGUGGCAGGAGACGGGAAGCCCCAUCUACCGGCCCAUGUGGUGGCUCAGUCCAGAAGACCCGCUCACCUUCGCCAUCGACGACCAGUUCAUCAUUGGAGACGAGGUUCUGGUGGCACCGGUGGUGGAGAAAGGGGCCGUGAGGAGGGACAUUUAUUUACCUGACGGGGGCUUCCAAUGGCAGGACAGCCAGAACGCUCAAGUGUUCGAUGGAGGGACGUUCCUGCAGGACUACCCGGUGCCCUUGGAGGCGGUGGGUCUUUUCUUUCGGCGAAGAUGAUUGUCUCCAUUUUUAAAAAAAACUUGUGCUGUUCUAAACUUGCACUUUUCCACAAAAAGACCAUUGACUGCCUCAAGCCCUUGUCUUGGAGCAGCAUGUAGAAAUAUAUCUUUAUACUUGCACUUUAUUCUAAGAUGUCUUUGUUUUCCCUUUUUUAACAAUGUUAAUCAGUUUUACCUCUCGGCUGAUUUUGAAAUAUUUGGAAUUUUUGUCGUUGUUGUUGCUGCUGUCCUGCGUACGGUGGCCUGGAAGUGCAAGACGCCUACAUUUCAUGAAACAACUUCAAAUUACAGAAAACAAAUUAAAGUUAAAGCACCACUGAUAGUCACACACACACGAGGUGUGGUGGAAUACCCUCUGCAUUUGACACAUCCCCUUGGGAGGUGAGGGGAGCAGUGAGCAGCAGCAGUGGCCACGCCCGGGAAUCAUUUUGGUGUUUUGAAGACAUAACAGCUUACAAUUACACAAACCAAAUGAACAAAAGACAAACGUUUACAAAUACACCAAGCAAAUCACAGAAGACAAAACUAAUUCUAAUUUUAAUCACAUGAAUAAUUUGGAACGAGUUGGAGUAUUUUAGUGAAAUGAGGAACUAACGACCGUGUGGAAAUGGAAAAAAAAAAACAAUUGGUCGACG